AUGUCAAAUAAUCAAAACACAGAAAUUAGUUCAAAGGGUACCAUUACUCUCAACCGCCCUGAAACUUCUGCUCCUAGUAUCAAUAAUGGCCAAUCAAGUCCACAUCCACAACAACAUGGUCAACAGUAUCAACAUCCGCUAGAGAAUGAUGAUUCAUUACAAUCUGAAGACUAUUCUAUGAGAAAAGUAAAAUGUGAAGAAGCUAAAACUGAUUUGCAAACUAAUGGCUUUUCCCCUGAUGAUGAAUAUGAUAAAUUAUAUCACAACAAUGGAAAAAUUGAUUAUACAAAUGCUUACUUGAAAGAAAACAAAAAUUCACAAGAAAUUUUAUCAAAAUUGAAAGGUAAUAAAACUGAUUUUGAUAAAAUUCAAAAUGGUUUUUUUAAAUGGAGUUCUGAUGAUGAAACUAUGAAUAAUUUUGCUAAAAAACAAUUUGUCUUUGAUACUUUACCUUCUUUUGAAAUGUUACAUUCUAUGCAAAAUGUUGGUCCUAGAUCUUCAUUUGAAAAUCCAGAUAAUCAUGAUUUUCCUCCAAAUUAUUUCCAUCAUAAUCAUCAUGCUAGGAAUUUAAGUUUAAAUAGCAAUACUGGUGGCUCUUUACAAAAUUCUUCUUCAUCAUCUGCUGCAUCUGUCGCUUCAUCUGAUAAUUAUUUCAGUUCUAUUGCUGAUGACUCAGGUUCUUCAACAUUAAGUACAAGUGAUAGUCGUUCCGGUUCAAUGUCUACACCUAAUGAUUCUAAUAAUCCUUUAACCAAUGAAUAUUUUGAAAGAAAUUUGAUUGAUAAAUCUCAUUCAUUACCAAGUUACAAUUCUUUUGAUGUUAAAGUUGGUGUUCAUGUUACCAAAGAUGUCCCAAAUACACACCAAAAAAAUGAAUUAGAGUCAAUGUUGAAAGAAUAUACUUCAGGUGAUGUUGUUCAUGGUUAUGUUACAAUUCAAAAUGUCUCAAAUAAACCUGUUCAUUUCCAAAUGUUUUAUGUCACAUUGGAUGGUUAUGUAUCCAUUAUUGAUCCAAUAAAUAAAAUACAAAGUAUUAAACGAUUAUUAACAAUGGUUGAUAUGAGUGCUUCUUGGUCUUAUGGAAAUGUUUCACCAGCAGCCAAUUUACAAUAUGAAUCUUUUACAAAAGAUGAAGAAGGUUAUAUCAUUGGUUUAAGAAAUGAUAGAAUUUUAGCACCAAAAUCCAAAUAUAAGAAAUUUUUCGCUUUCAAGAUCCCUUACAAGGUAUUGGAUAAUACUUGUCGUCAUGAACAAGAAAUUCAUACAUUACUUCCACCAAGUUUUGGUGUUGAUAGAGUUAAGAAAGGGGGCAAAUAUGCUGAAAUUAAGAUUGAUUCAAAUUUAAAUUAUGGUCAUUUAGGUACAAGAGGUUCACCAGUCUUGACUCGUGAUCUUUCAGGUUCAAAUAAUUCAAUUUCUUAUAGUAUUAAUGCUAAACUUAUUGCAACACACCCUAAAAAACCUAAAAAAUUAUGUGUCUUGAAAGAUUUUGAAUAUAAUUUACGUUUCAUUCCUUUUGGGUUUGUUGUACCAUUGUUUUCAUCAAAAUCUGCAUUAAAUAGUUUAGUUUCACAAAUUGAACAUGGUUUUGAAAUUGCUAAUCAUGUUUUGAAAAUGAAUAAGGAAAAUUCAGAUGCUACUUUAGAAUAUGAAGAAGAAUUUAUUAGAAUCUUGAAAAAUAGACAAUUAUCAACUGUUCGUUCAAAUUCAAGCUCAAGUAUUAGUACUAGUGGUUCAUCAAUUGGAAAUGGAGUGAAUUUCCCAUUGAGAAAUAAAAUUUUUGGCAAUGCUGAUUUCUCGAAAAUUGAAACUCAUUUACAAUAUUUGAAUUCUGAUUCAACAAACAGCAGAUCAAGUUUCUUGAAAAGUUUGAAAUUAGGAAGUUCUAAAAAAACUAAUGAAUUAACUGGGAAACAAGAUGGAUUGAUUAAUAUUUCAACAAGAAUUCCAAAAGAUGGUUUACCAUAUAUCUCACCAAGUAUGUUGAGGAAGGCAAAUGAAGUUUCCAACUUGAAUGAAAUGAGUAUUAAGAAUUAUGAUAAUUUGUUUUUCUCUUUAUCUGCAAAUGAAAAGAAGAAAUUGACAUCUUUGGAAUUAAAUUUAUCAUUUAUUCCAUCAGAUUUCAGUUCAAAUUCAAUUGAUUUACCAAGUUUGAAAAAUAUUAAAGCAUCUUUAUUAAGUUCAAAUAUUUCAUCAACUUCAUCAAUACCGUUGAAAUUAUCACCUGAUUUCUUUACACAAAAUGGUUCCAAAAAUAUAAAGAAUAAAUUUAAUAAAUUUUUUGAAAAUUAUAAUGGAUUAUCAAAAGAUUUUAAAAAAUUAAACUUGGAUAUUGAUCGUUAUAUUGAUCGAUCAUUAUACCUUGAUAUGAUUGCAAUGAAAGAUCUUCAAGUGGAAAAUUCCCUAGUGGAAGCAUUUAAUUAUUCAAUUAAAUCACAAUCUAAUUGGAAAAAAACUUCAUCACAAACCACUAAUGAAUGGAUAAAACAAGUUGAAUUGAAUUUAGAAUUGAAAAAUGAUAUUGCUGAAACAUUGGUUCCAAAUUUUCAAACUUGUUUAUUAACAAGAGUUUAUUGUAUCAAAGUUGAUUUUAAAUUUGAAAAUAAUCAAAGUUGUGAAUUAGUUGUUCCAAUUCGUCUACGUUGUUUUAAUGAUCUCAAUUGA